AAGAUUUUAUGUUAUUUAUUGAUUUAGUGGUUGUAUUUUGAGUUAUUUAAUAAAUACGUGCGAAGUUAGGAUAUUUUCUUAAGUUUUUUCCAGAAAGAGGAUCGUAAAAAUGGGUCACUGUCCAGAAUGGAUUGAUAAAAUCUUAUUUGAAAAAUCAUUGCGAACAUAUCUGAAAGAUGAUCGCAUAGCUUUAAAUUCGUUCAACAUUAAGGCGGCGUUAGCUGCUGGUGAAAAUUUUACAUCAGAUAUGUAUCGGGCAAGCGUGGAUUAUACCACCGGAGAUGGUGUUCGUGAGAAAAUGAUGUUAAUUGUUAAAUUAGUACCUGAUCAAGGCCUGAAAACUGAUUUUGCAAAUGAUAUGUUGAUUUUUGAAAAAGAAAUGCGAAUGUAUCGUGAUAUGUUGCCAGAAUUGAACAAGAAAUUAGGUGAUAUUAGAGCUUUAUCAGCGCAAUGCUUGUUUGCUGAAACUAAGACACAUUCGGUUAUAAUUUUGGAAGAUUUAUCAUUACUUGGAUUUGGAAUGGCAAAUCGUCAAAUUGGUUUGGAUAUGAAGCAUUCCUUAAUGGCUAUGGAAUAUUUAGCAAAGCUACAUGCAGCUUCGGCGUUAUUAUACAAGGAGAAACCAGAAACAAUGGAUUUUUAUGAUUUUGGGUUAUUUAACGAUCAACAUGGUAAAGCUUUUGUUGAAACUUUUAUAAGCAAAGGAUUUAAAGGGCUGAUCAUGGCUGCAGAACAAUGGCCUGGAUUUGAAAAAUAUGUAGAAAAAUUGAAAAAAAUACAACCGAAAUUUGUUAAACAUGGUAUAGCCUUAACAAAAAAGGAUCCUAAUGGAUUUAAUGUAUUAUGUCAUGGAGACACAUGGAUUAAUAAUAUGUUGUUUAAAUAUGCAGAAGAUAAAGUUACUCCCGUCAAAAUGAAAUUCGUUGAUUUUCAAAUGAGUAUUUUCACAUCACCAGUAAUAGAUUUACACUAUUUCAUAUUCACCAGUCCAGCCGAAGAAGUUCGCAUCAAUCAUAUGGAAAAACUUUUACAGCAUUAUCAUUCUUCUUUAGUUAAAACGAUUGUUCAGUUAGGAAGUUCACCGGACGAAUUACGAGUUCCUACAUAUGAUCAAUUAGUUGCAGAGUUUCAUAAAAGAGGCUUUUAUGGUGUUUUAGCUUCGGUCAUUAUAAUGCCAAUAAUUCGUGCACCACCCAGAGAAGAUGCAUCAAUUGAAGGCAUUAUUAGUGCUGAUAUGGAUCAGACAUUUGUAAAUUCUACGUAUAAUGCUCCAGAGUAUAGAAAAACAAUGUCUAAUUUACUACCAUAUUUUGAUAAGAAAGGCUAUUUAGAUUUUUAAGACACGCACGAUUUUUAUAAGACGCACUUUUAAAUUAAAUUAAUAUGUUCACAAAGAAUUGAUGUAAUUUAGUAUUUUUGGAAAAUAAUAAAAAUAAAUGGGUUCUUGAGAAAAAGACAGAAGUGAAACUUCACUCGCUUUAUAUUAAAACAAAAUUUAUAUAAAUAAAUGAAUGA